GCUGAAAUGUUACCAUAGUGACAUGUAAACUUGCAAACUGUCGGCUAAUACGUUGUAGAAAAAAUAAAAUAGUAUCCUUUGAAGGUUAAACUGCUAUUUACCCGGGGUGAGAGAUACUGUUAGUAAGCCAGAGAACUGAAGUCUUUCAUUCUCCACAGGAUGUCUUUAUCCCAUAUUCAGAGUCUCAGACUGACAGCUGUACUGGAGGACUGCUCAGACCAGUUGGACAUACUGGGCCAUACUCUGACAGUGCAGAUCAGCAGGGAGCGAGACACUGCAGCGGCACAAGAGAGAGCCAGGCUGACUAAGCUGAGAAGAGACUGUCAGUACAUCUGUCAGCAGGUUCUCAAGCUGCAUUUGGACCUGAAGGAGAAGCAGAGUUUCAGCUCUGUGCUGCAGGUGGUGGAGGAAGAGGAGCAGAAGAAGAAGGCUGAGAACGUGCAAAGAGAGGAAAAGAGAGAGCUAGAGCAGAGAAAACAAACUCUACAGAGACAAAAGGAGGACCACCAACAGAAAACUGAGAAACUGAAGGACUUGUGCCAGCUCGCCAAAGACCUGAAGCAUCAGCUGAAUGAGCAGUCAUUACAGAUUGCAAACAGGAAGAAGAUUGUGGAGAAAGACACUGAGCUACAGCUCCAACUGACACAAAAAGAGACCAGCCAGGCUGAGAAGCUGCUGGAGGACCAGCUGGAGCUGCUCCAGAAACAGCUGAAAGUGGAGGUGAGAGUUCACGAGGAGUCAGAAAAAUUCCUGCAAAAUCAACAUGAGGAGUUGCAGCAGCAGCUGCAGCAGUGGCAGGAGUGCACAAAGAUGAUGCUGCAGGAGAAGGAGCAGCAGCUCAACAGUGUGCGCUGCAGAAGAACUGUGAACUUGGACAAACUGUCGGAGAUGAGGAGGAAGUUCAGAGAGAUGGAGCAGGUGGUGAUGGAGGACAGGGAGGAGCAGGAGAAACUGCGCCAACAGCAGGCAGAGGCCAGAGCUGCUACCAAGCUGCAGGCCUGGUGGAGAGGCUGCAUGGUCCGCAGAGGCCUUGGCAGUUUUCAAAGAGCAGAGAAAGACAAGAAAGGCAAGAAGAAGAAAGACGGAAAAAAGAAGAAGAAAAAAUGAGUUGACUCCAACACUGUUU